UGACCCAAUCGGAGCGCUUUUAUCAAAUGUGGUUAGAUCGUGUUGCCAACAUGGCCACUAUCAACAUGUCAAAACAAGGAAAACAGGAAACGAAAUACACGUUUUGUUAAAUUUAUACUUAAAAGAUUUAAAGAAGUUGAGCAAUUAAUUUUAAGAUGCCACAGCUUGUAGCUUUCAAUAGAAAGUGGUCAAUUGGUAGCGAUGACUUUGUCUAUCCAGGAGUUGGAGAAAUAAUCCUUAGAGCAAUAUGGAUUGCAGUUGUUUCAGCAAUAUUUCACAUGCAUAAGGAUACGUUAGACUGCCAUGAUGGUAAUUUACUGCAUACAUAUUACAUUGGUCUUCUGUCCCUUCUUGCCAUUAGUAUUUUAAUGACAAUUGCAGUUGUGUACGUAAGUAUGCAAGGUACAAUCACAAACUGUUCACCAAGGAGGAAAAUAUCUAAACUGAUUUAUACAAAAUUUGCCAUCACGUUACCCGAGCUAGCUUGGAAUAUCAUGGGAACAUACUGGGCGUUCGGAGUAUCAAGUGGAUGUGAAAAGCAUAUAGUGCUCACUGUCAAGGGGGUAGUUAUCUUUGGCUGGGUUAUGGGUAUAGUGGUUCUGAUUGGCAUAGGUGUUGUGUUCGAUCCUUUGGGAGCAUUACAUCAAAAGUCAGAUGGUGGGCAGCAACAGAGAGACAGUGCUGAUAAGGAAAUCUCCAACUCGGCUAAAAGGGUAUGGGAGACUAGAUGCCGUAUAUUAUGCUGCUGUAUUGGAUGUGAUGAACAAAGUACAAAUGCUUUCAGUGGUAUAGCAGAGAUCUUCUCGAAUUUUUUCCAGGGUGUAGAUUUGGUACCUACAGAUGUUGCGUGUGGUCUCAUUCUGGUACAUAGAGAACAGGAGAGAGAGGCUAACACACUAAUGUCUAUAAGAAUAGAAGCUCCACAGAGGUCUAUAAGUCAAAGUGGUGUGUCACACAAUGAGCAGCAAUAUAUGCAAAGGCCUUUAUCUGCCAGUAGUUCAACCUCAGCACUUUUAAGCACUGGAGAUCCUGGGAUUCCUACACCUAAACCAUGGAUGACUGUAGAAAUGUUAGCACAUUAUAUGAAGUUUGCCAUGGCUAGUUAUGGGUGGCCAUUGUACAUCUUCACCCAUCUUAUGACCGGAGCUUGCCAGCUAACCUCUCAGUGCAACUAUGCAUGUUUACCGAGAAGUUUGAGAUAUAACGAGAAACAUGAGGAUCAAUCAUGUUGGGAUGCAUGUUUCAAUUGCUUCCAUGUUUUUAAAACACAAAGUAUGACCGUAAUUGAAACAGAAAAGGAAUUGAAUGAGCUUUGCUUGUCCCUACAAUGUUGUGCAUGUUGUAUGCAAGGCAGUUAUAUCCAAGAUGAUAACUGUUGUAGAUGUAACACAGCUUCCAUCAGGAAAACUACAGGCAUUCAUCCAGAUGAUAUUAUAUAUGCAAGCUUCCAUAAUAAAAUUUAUGAGGUACCAUUUUUUGUUAGCAUAGAUAGAAAGAAACAAAGUGUAGUGGUUUCAGUGAGAGGCACUCUGUCAUUGAAGGAUGUUAUAACAGACCUAACGGCUGAGUGUGACUCCCUUGGUAUAGAUGGCCUAGACAACUGUAUGGCUCACAGAGGCAUGCUUCUAGCGGCCAAAUAUGUGCAAUCAACAUUAGAAAGACUCUGUAUUCUAGACCAAGCAUUCCAAAAUGCAGAGGGAGCUAGACUAGUUAUUACAGGUCAUAGUUUGGGUGCCGGUACUGCUGCUCUUUUAGCCAUUCUGCUCAAACCGAAAUAUCCGGACCUUAUCUGUUUUACGUUCUCGCCACCUGGUGGCCUGAUGAGUUUAAGUGCUAGUCAAUACUGCCAGGAGUUUGUGUGUUCAGUAGUUCUAGGUAAAGAUAUUAUACCACGACUAGGUAUUCACACCAUGGAGGACCUUAAAACAAGAUUGUUACAGGCCAUAACUGACUCAGAUAGUCCAAAG